AUUAAUAUGCAUAGUGCGCUCUCCACUAUAUCUGCAUAUUCAUUAGGAGCUCAGUUAUUAUUCAUGAGCUUUCGCGGGCUUUUGGACCACGUGAUUCUCUUUCGCGCGGAAUUCAGGCUACGUCUGGCACUGCAAGAGGGAGCGGCUUGGUCAAGUUGUAGCAGAACUCCCAUCGACUCGGAAAGCGGCAGAGAUGGCGGAUUCCUCAGAGUCCAAUGUGGCUACCAGCCCCACACGCAGCUCUCGGCGAGGAGAAGCCUUCACUUCUAGCCCAGGGAGAGAUCUUCCCCCUUUUGAGGAUGAAUCCGAAGGGCUCUUAGGAACUGAGCAACUCCCUGAUGAAGAAGAAGAUGGAGAAGAGUUGAUUGGAGAAGGAAUGGAAAGGGACUACCGCCCUAUUCCAGAGCUGGAUGUCUAUGAAGCUGAAGGUUUGGCCAUGGAUGAUGAAGAUAUAGAAGAACUGACUCCCAGCCAAAGGGAAGCGGCAGAGAGAGCAAUGCGGCAGAGGGACCGUGAGAUGGACCGUGGCCUGGGCCGCAUGCGGAGUGGUCUGCUUUAUGAGAGCGAUGAUGAAGAUGAGGAUCGUCCUUUGCGGAAGAGGCGCCUAGCUGAACGGGCUGCUGAUGGUAUGGAGGAUGAGGAUGAAGACAUGAUUGAGAGCAUUGAGAACCUAGAAGACAUGAAGGGGCAUUCAGUGAGGGAGUGGGUGUCUAUGGCAGCUCCUCGACUUGAGAUCUACCACCGCUUCAAGAACUUCCUGAAGACUCACGUGGAUGACCAUGGCCACAACGUCUUCAAGGAGAGAAUCAGUGACAUGUGCAAAGAGAACAGAGAGAGCCUGGUGGUGAAUUAUGAAGAUUUGGCUGCUCGGGAACAUGUCCUUGCCUAUUUUCUUCCGGAAGCCCCAGCAGAAAUGUUGAAGAUCUUUGACGAAGCAGCCAAGGAAGUGGUGCUGGCUAUGUACCCCAAAUAUGACCGGAUUGCCCAGGAAAUCCACGUCCGCAUCUCACAUCUGCCUCUGGUGGAGGAGUUACGAUCACUCAGGCAGCUGCAUUUGAACCAGCUGAUCCGGACAAGCGGAGUUGUAACGAGCUGCACAGGGGUUCUGCCCCAGCUCAGCAUGGUCAAAUACAAUUGUACCAAGUGUAGCUUCAUCCUAGGACCUUUCUUGCAGUCCCAGAACCAGGAAGUAAAGCCAGGAUCCUGUCCAGAGUGUCAGUCUGUUGGCCCCUUUGAAAUUAACAUGGAAGAGACAGUCUACCAGAACUACCAGCGUAUCAAAAUCCAGGAGAGCCCUGGGAGGGUGGCAGCUGGCAGGCUCCCUCGCUCCAAGGAUGCCAUCUUACUUGCUGACCUGGUUGACAGUUGCAAGCCAGGGGAUGAGAUUGAGCUAACUGGAAUAUAUCACAAUAAUUACGAUGGUUCUUUGAACACUGCCAAUGGGUUUCCAGUCUUUGCAACUGUGAUCCUGGCUAAUCACAUUGCCAAGAAGGACAACAAGGUGGCUGCUGGAGAGCUCACAGAUGAGGACAUGAAAGUCAUCGUGGGCCUGUCCAAGGAUGAGCAGAUCAGCGAGAAAAUCUUUGCCAGCAUUGCUCCUUCAAUCUAUGGACAUGAAGACAUCAAAAGGGGCCUGGCUCUCACCUUGUUUGGAGGAGAACCCAAAAAUCCAGGAGGAAAACAUAAGGUCCGUGGCGACAUCAACGUCUUGCUUUGUGGAGAUCCUGGAACAGCCAAGUCUCAGUUCCUCAAAUAUGUGGAGAAAGUGUCCAGCAGAGCUAUCUUCACCACUGGCCAGGGGGCUUCUGCUGUUGGUCUGACCGCGUAUGUACAGAGGCACCCAGUGAGCAAAGAGUGGACCCUGGAGGCAGGAGCCCUUGUGUUGGCAGACAGAGGGGUUUGCUUGAUAGAUGAAUUUGACAAGAUGACAGAUCAGGACAGGACCAGCAUCCAUGAAGCCAUGGAGCAGCAGAGCAUCUCCAUCUCCAAGGCUGGCAUAGUCACAUCUCUGCAAGCUCGCUGUACUGUCAUUGCUGCUGCCAACCCCAUAGGUGGGCGCUAUGACCCUUCCUUGACUUUCUCGGAAAACGUUGAUCUGACUGAGCCCAUCAUAUCUCGAUUUGAUAUCCUGUGCGUGGUCAGAGACACAGUGGAUCCUGUUCAGGAUGAGAUGCUGGCUCGGUUUGUUGUCAGCAGUCACAUCAAACACCAUCCCAACAACAAAGAUACUGUGAAUGGAGACUUCCAAGAGAUUAUCCUCCCAAAUACUUAUGGGGUAGAACCCAUCCCACAGGAGAUCCUGAAGAAGUACAUCAUUUAUGCCAAGGAAAAAGUACACCCCAAACUCAACCAGAUGGACCAGGACAAAGUGGCCAGGAUGUACAGUGAACUCAGAAAAGAAUCCAUGGCAACCGGAAGUAUCCCCAUCACAGUGCGUCACAUUGAAUCCAUGAUCCGAAUGGCUGAGGCCCACGCUCGCAUGCACCUGCGGGAUUAUGUGGUGGAGGAGGAUGUAAACAUGGCUAUUCGGGUGAUGCUGGAGAGUUUCAUUGACACACAGAAGUUUAGUGUCAUGAGGAGCAUGCGGAAGACUUUUUCCAGAUACCUUGCCUUCAGGCGAGAUAACAACGAGCUCUUGCUGUUCAUUUUGAAACAGUUGGUGUCAGAACAGGUGAUGUAUCAGAGGAAUCGCUACGGGGCUCAGCAAGAUACUAUUGAGGUGCCAGAGAAAGAUUUAGUUGAGAAGGCUCGCCAGAUCAACAUCCACAAUCUUUCUGCCUUCUAUGAGAGUGAGCUAUUCAAGAUGAACAGGUUCAGCCGUGAUGUGAAGCGGAAACUGAUUGUGCAGGCGUUCUGAGGCCAGUGAAUUCUUGAGUGGCUGUGGAGAAGAAGAAUUUGGAACUGUGCUUCAUCUAGUGCUGCAGUGGCACACGAACAAUUCCUAAGUCUUUCCGUCAAGAAUUACAGGAAAGAUCUGGUAGCUCUGCUGUGCUUGAAGGACUUGUGCAUAGAAUAGAAUGGAGCCAAAUAGUUUAAAUACUCAGAAAAUCCUGUGUUUAAUUGUAGCUGAGCAUGUUGGAUCAAACACCAAAGGAAUGGUGUCCUGUUGGCCUCUAUGUUUUUGAAAUUUGACCUCAUUUGGUCAGAGCAUCAAGCAGAGAAUUUUGUCAAAAUCCCUUUUUGGACUGAUUAAACUUUAUAGGGCAGGUUGGGAGAACAGUGGCACUUCAGAGAUUGUUGGAUUCUAGCUUCUAUUGCCCCUCACCACUGGCCAUGUUGGCUGGGGUUAGCUGGAAUUGGAAGCUAGCAACAUCUGGAGGACCACAGGUUAGCCACCCCUGUUACAGGAUUCUACUCUGUUAUUGAGAAUAGUUUAAACAAACAAGUAGAGGGGAAGGAGCAGUCAGUUGUGCUUCCUCUCUCCAUUUAUCAGAAUGUCCAAAAUUGAGCCCAUAUAUUUUGCACUCCUGGGAGAAGUGUGUUCAUUGUCUCUGCAUCUGAAGACAGCUCGUGCAUCUUCCAUAGGGGAGUGGUGUGCUGACUCCCUUUCAGGCAUCUGAAAAUAAGCAGGGAGACAAGUUUUCCAUUCCUAGUUUGGACAUACAGAGCUGCUCUUCAGUUCUGUGUCAUUGGUUCAUCCUCUUGUUUAGCAGUUCAUGUGCUCCUGUAUGUGUGAAUAGGUGAAAUGGUUUGUUCAGAGGUUGAUCCAAACUAGAGCUUUUUCCUCUGAGGACUGCAAUAUGUCUGGUAGUACUUCUUCCCCAUUUUCUAAGGCUGCUAUGUGUUUGUCUAGGAGGAGAAAGGUUUUGUGAAGUAUUUUGUAAUAGAAAAAUAAAAGGUUUAAAGAUAGGCUUUUACAAAGAAAGGCAAAUCACUGGCAUUGCUUAUUUAAGAGAAGAAUUCCUCAGUCCUCGGUGGUGUUAUGGCUAUAUUGCCUGUGUUGCCAUCCUUGGAAUGAGUGAGCAUCUCGUUGUAUCUUGCUCUGGAACAUUCUGGCAAAUGGUUUAUCUGCCCAUUCAGUGUGUGUGGUCUGGUCAAAGACCCUGCAUGUCUCUUAAGCAAGGCAGAACUGCACCUCCUUCAGAACCAUUGACUAAGGCAAGGAACCACUUCACAGUUGGCCUGCAUGUACAGUACAUUUGGCUUGCUUGCUAUUACAUUUUGAACAAUACAUAAUUUUGAGUCCUUUUUUUAUACCA